AUAAAAGUUCUCACUUCUAAACAAAGACUUCUUAGUUUACUUAGCUUCCGACAAAGGUCCCACCUCCUCUUGUCUUCAUUGCUCCAUCCUUCUGUCUGAUCUCUAAUCUCUUCUCUUUCACUUCGUCUUCUUCUUUUGUUUUUUUAUUUUCUCCCAAAGUUUCCAACUUUGAAAAGGCAUUGGUGAAAAUCUUUGCUUUUACAAGUGUUUACUCUAUUUUGGAAUUAACACAUUUUUUGUGGGCUAUCUUCACUUUUUUCAGGAUUCUUGCUGGUGAGCAUUAAUGAUAGAUAUGGAAGUUGGUAUUGCUAAUGGUGAAGAUAAGAUAAUGACCGCGACUUCAUCGAAUCAUGAACUGCAAGUGUCUGUUUCUUUUGGUAAAUUUGAGAAUGAUUCACUUUCUUGGGAGAAAUUUUCAUCUUUUUCCCCCAACAAGUACUUGGAAGAAGUGGAGAAGUGUGCAACUGCUGGAUCAGUAGCUCAGAAGAAGGCUUAUUUCGAAUCACAUUACAAGAAGAUCGCUGAGAGGAGAGCUGAUAUAAUCAUGGAGCAGGAGAAACUAUUGGAGAGGAAUGCAUCUUUCAGGCCGAGUGUUCAGAAUCAGAACCGGGGGAAAUCAUACGAUAGUGACAAUGACGAGUCAAUGAUGAUUGACUCUAAUGCUUGUUAUGAAUCUAACAGUGAAAGUACUUCAGAAAAAGAUAAGCUUUUUGCCAGCAUUGCCACUGAAGUGAUUGAAACAUGUAUCCAUGAGCCUCUUGAAGAAACUAAAGACUUCGAGGAAUGUCAAAGCUCGGCUGAUGCAGGGGACGAUCUGAAUACCUUGAACUUGGAGAAACUUGAAGAGAUUGUCCGAGUGGAUGAUAAAGAGAAGCCAGACAUUGUUGUUUAUAUGAAGGAAGAUGUAAAAGAAGAAGUGAAAGAAGAUAUUUCAUCAAAGGAUACACGUAAAAAGAAUGAAACGCCAAUGAAAGAGACCUUGAAACAGAAAGAUCAUAAUCCAAUCAUGAAGACAGAUAAAAAUGUGCAAACAAACCAUAUGAGAGGCUCUCCUAGGCCUAAUCAGGUGACUAAGAAACCAGGAACGAGCAAGGUUGUAACCACUAGGAAAACUCAACCAAGCAAGGCGAAAAGCAUGACAAAGGAAGCAAAUAAAGCAGCAUCACCUGUCUCAAAGGCUUCAGGGUUUUCAACUCCAAGAGUGUCCAAGCCAGCUUCAACAAUCAGUUCAAUAUCUACUUCUCGCUCCUCAGUAAAGAAGGAAACUGUGUCGACUCUACCGAAAAAGAAACACACCGCUACAAAGUCAUUACCUAUUUCUCUCAAUCUGGAUCAGCCGGGCUCUGAUCUUACUGCCAUUGGAACAACAAGAAAAUCCUUGAUCAUGGAACGAAUGGGAGAUAAGGACAUCGUUAGACGUGCAUUUAAGACUUUUCAGAAGAGUUUUGACCAAAUGAAACAUUCUGGUGAUGCAUCUCCAAAGCAGGUUCCUGCAAAGGCAACUGCAGUUUUGAGGAUAGGUACUACUAGUCAGAAAAAUAGCAGACUUGCAAAAUCAGAUGGCACGGAGAGAAAAGAUUCCAACUCUCACCUUCCUUCAUCUUUUGUAUCAAAAAGCAACGUGACAACAGAGAAACAGAAGGAGCCUUCCAGGUUUAGCGCAAGAGCUGUAGAGAGGAUACACUUACAGGCCAAACCAAAGGCAGAAGCAACCAAUGCCAAAACUCGGAGACAAAGUCUAGAUCCAAAAGCAAAAUCCUUGCAAGGACCCUUCCUAAAAGACUCUUCACACAAAUUACUAUGAUGUGGCAGUACUUAUUUCAAGAACCUUAUUCUGUAAUUGAUGAGUAUUGCUUUUGUCAAAUAUCCUGGAGGGUUCCAUGGCACUGAGGCUGAAGUGAAAAGCCAAGGGCUCUACCAACAUUUUUAAGCGAAAAGAUUAAAUAUCUCCAAAAAUUUCAGGCAACAGUCAUGAGGCAAAGAGUCACCAAGUUUCAGUCUUUAUUAUGUGAGAGAAGUAUUAUACAGUCUUCUGUUAAUGUACAUGUAUAGAGUUUAUAGACUACAAACGUGAGUACAUACUUCAAUAUCAAUCCAGACAAUCCUAUUAUUUUA